GAAUUGGAAAAGUUGUGCUAAGAAAAAAAAGGACUGUAAGAUAUCUAAAAGUGAUAAUUUGAGUUGUAAAACUCAUAAAGUGGAAGAAAAAGAAAAGAAACGAGAAUUUGAAACCUGUUGCAGAGACAUUAAGAAGAAAUUGAACUUUUUGCAAAAAGAGUCGGAAAAAUUCUCGGAAUUCGAAAAACUUGAAGAAAAAAAGCAAAAGAGCUGGCAUAAUACCUGUGAAGCAGUAUCUGUAAAACAGGAAAAAAAAGUUAGUGAAAUUUUAAGAAGAAGAAAAUCCAUUCCAGUUUCAUUGGUAGGUGCUACUUUCUCGGAUAAUAUAAACCGUGGGGAUUUAGAACCAAGGAGUGAAAACAAAAUGGAAGUCAAGGGAUAUUUAGGCAAGUAUUUAGACCUGCAACGCACAAGGGGAAAAACUUUUACCAAAGUUAAAGUCGCCCCGGAAAAAAAGAAUGACGAAGUGAAAAUAAAGCUGAGGUCAUCUUGCUCUGACUCAGCAUUUAUGGAAGUGACUAUUCCACCCGUUUUAAAAGUUGGGAAAAGACGAUCUUUGUCUCCAAGAAAAACUCCACAAACUGGUGGAAGUUUAAGUAACAUUUCUGAAGCUACAAACAGCAAAAGUGAUGUCAAAAUUGAGAAUGAUAUCAUGAAAAAUCCACAAGAAAGAGAGUUGCAUAUUGUUGAAGCUUGGCCGGAGGUCAGUGCUGGAAUUUCACAAAUUGAAACAAAAGUUUUUUCAACACCAAAGCAAAAUCCUAAACAAGAACAUAAGGACUUUACACCUGAAAGUUGCAAAAUGAAAAAGAAACAAAAAGGAGACAUCUGUGCGAAAUAACUAAAAAUGAAGCAAUAUCAGGUUUUAAAUUGACCAGAGCAAACCAACAAAAAAUGACAGAAUUUUUGCAAGAAACGAAAGAAGAAUUUAAUAUUCUUUCUUCAAGAGCUAAAAGCAAUCCUGGUUUUUGUGGAAACAAAACUAAUUUGCAAGAAGACUUCAGCUUAAGUACACCUGCAAUAAAAUACAAUACCAAAGUACAGGAUAUGUCAGGUUAUGACGACUGGCUUUGCACUCCGAAUUCUUCAUCUUAUGAUGGGUGUGAAAGUGAAAUGAGUAUACAUCUAAAUGGGGAAGAAACACCUUUACGUAUAGGUAGAAAUACUUCAAGUGUAUGUAAGACAGAGGAUGUUACACCGACAAUAUCAACUGGUGCAAAUUUGUUUCAAGAAAAUCCUAAAAUUGAAGAUUUACAUGGAAAUAAUAAAUCAGAAAAGAAGCCGAUCAAGGAAAGUCAAAAUAUUUCUUGUUUUGAUCCAAAUAAAUUGGCAGUUUGUAAUGAUACUGUAGGUGAAAGGACAAAAUCGGUAGAAAAGGGAGAUGACCCAUGUUUAGAAACAAAUAGAGAGAUAACAACAUUGGGUCAACGUGAAACAACAACAACAGUGGCGAGUUUUGAAAAGAACAAUAAAGUUCUGGAAAUUGAUUGUAAUUCAGGUGUAUCGGAAACAAUAGGGUCAAUAGGAAGUGAAAAUGAAGAUUCAAAAGUUGAAGUGGGCAAAGACAAAAGAUGUUUUCAAGUGCCUGAUGCUGUUAAGGUGAGAGGGGUGGAGUCUGGAGAUGCUUAUGAACACUCAUACACCGCUUGCGAUGAUGUUUUCGUUAAGUACGAAGCAAAAUACAAUAAAGAUGAUGAUUAUAAGGGUGAGGGUUGGUUAAGUGGGGGGGACGGUUGUUAUGUAACAGUGGAAGACAAUCAUAAUUCGAUGGAUUCAAACGAUCUUGAAGUAACCGCAGAGGAUGAUAAAUCGUUAGUGAUGCGGGAAAGCGAGGACGAGAGGAAAAGUCCCGGAUCUUCAAAACCACAGACGGUACAAAGUUUAUCCUCGGAGCAGGAAAAGACGAUCGUGAAAUCUGGUGCUGAGAAAAGUGGAAAUAAUAAUAAGGAUUUUAUUUCAGUUGGUGGGGAAGUAGAUAACACAGAGAGUGUUGGAGAUUCUGAGUUAUUUAAAGUGAUAUUGAAAGAAGGGGAAAUUGUUAAAGAAGAAAUAAAUGAAAGUAACCCUGAUUUUAAUGAAAUAACUUGUGCUGGAGCAUCAGGUCUCAGUUUAAAAGGUAAAGUUUGUAAAACUGAAGAUAGAGUUGAAAAUGCUAGAUCUCCUAAUCAUGGUAUGACAUCGCAGAGAAAUAAAACUGCAACGAUAAGGUCAAAUAAUUUGCUUAACACUGUGUAUGAACAUUCAAUGGAAACCUUGCAUUGCGUGUCGAUACCCAAUCAAGUACCUGGCACACCCAAGGCUGUAAGAAGUAAUGCAAAGAAAAAGCAAAAUAAUCAACAGCAAAACAAGAGAGAAGUUUUAGUUGAUAUUAAACCUAGUUCUUUUGACAUUGGGAAAGAAUCAAAGUUAAAAUACCUCCAUUUGAACUUCGAUAAGACUUAUAAAGUACGUCUGCUUAGAAAGGAAAGUAAUAUCGGAAAUAAAGUUCAUCGCGAGAGGAAAGAACGUGAAUUAACUGUUGGUGCUCCAAGGGUAAUAACUUUAACCUCCCAGAAUAAAAAUAUGGAGACAAGACCUAACUCUCAGGAGUCCAGUAAAAGUGGAAUGUUUAAUUUUCCUCGACCAAGAAGGAAUUCUAUUAUCGAGUUUCUACAGAGGAGAUUGGGUUCAGCUGGGAUUAAGGAAAGUAAGAAGAAACCUCUGCCUCCUAUUCAAACGACUUCGAAAGUUUGUGAAACUAGGCAUAACACGCCGGAGAGGGUAAAGGGGGAAAAUAAAGUGGAAGAAACGCUAAAAGUUUUCCCGGAAAAAGUUCAUUUAAGGUGCAGGUAUUCAAGAGAAAGCACACCAGUGUCACCUCAAUGUUAUGUUCAUGAGAAUUUUAAUGACAAACCUACAAAGAGGUUUGAACAGAGAAUGAACCUGGUGGCACACAAGCGAAUGUCACCCAUAGCGAACAAAGAAACUUACAAUAUUCUUGACAAAACGCCGCUUAAAAAGAAGAUAGAAGAGCUCAGAGCUUUAAGAAGCAUUAAGAGCAAACCGAACUCAAUGUUGGCAGUGCUAAACAUGGCCGGAGAUAUGUUAACACAGGAGAAUGUGGAUCAAGGGAUUUCUGAGGAAAAAACAUACAAGAAAACUGUGCCAGGUAUUGCAAAGCUAAAGCAGAAAAUGCUGCCGGAAAUUGCAAAGCCCUCAAAAGUGUCACCCAACCAUCCACAAACAUGUAAGUGCACGCACACUAAUGAACAAUCUACGAGUUUCACGGAAAGAGACGCAACAAACAUAGAAAAAACAACAUUCAGACCAUUGACGAGGUUACAGCAAUUAAGAUCGGAAACGCCGCUCUAUCCAAGUAUUAUGCGUGAACUUGGCUCUCAACAGCAGGUAAUAGAGUGGUCUGACAAGCUGGGUAAUGUGUUCCACGUCACAACAGAAGAUGGAAAAUAUGGGAAAAUAUCGAGCACCAAAGAUAUGAAACCUCUUCGAAGCUUGGUGGAGCAAACUACGUCAAAAAAGGUCGAUCGUAGCUCAGAACGAGGCUCUGAUAUAAUCAAAGACAGACGGACACUUGCGCAAAAAGCUUGGGGAAGUUUGGACUCAAAAAAAGAAGACAAAAAUAUUCAAACCACUGUUCCUAACUCCCCACACCGAAAACCAACGAAAAAGAAAAGAAAAUCGCGGCCAGAGGGAAGGGGUCAGGUGUUUGUUGUUUAUACGAAUGGUGAUGGUAAACAUGUCAGUUUUAAGUGUUGAGAUUUUCCGUGAUGCAAUUUAGUUUGUUUUGUAACUAUUAUUCAGGUUAACUUUGUAAUGUUUUUUUUGCUUUGACAAAUCUAAC